CACGCGCAUCAUCAUCACCACCACCAUCAUCAUCAUCACCGCCAUCAUCAUCCUCCCCAUCCUCAUCCUCACCAGUCUUCACGUUUAGUGGCAGACUGCGCAUGCGCCCGGCAUUGGAAUUACCGCACUGGCAAGAAUAAGUUGUGGCUCGUCUUGUCUUCGCUCUCUUUUUUUUUUUUUUUUUUUUGUUUUGAAUCAAAAAAAGAGAGGUUCUUGGCAACCGACGCCAUAAGAAGAAGAACAUGUUAAGAAGAAGAAGAUGGUGUUUUUGUGCCGAGGUGCUCCCUCUCGUAGUAGCCGUGGUGUGCGCACAAAGUGUCGGUGUGAAUGAUCCGAGCAAUAUGCCUUUGGUUAAAGAGACGGUGGAUAGACUGUUGAAGGGUUAUGAUAUACGAUUGAGGCCAGAUUUUGGAGGUCCACCGGUGGGAGUGGGGAUGAACAUAGACAUCGCCAGCAUAGACAUGGUGUCAGAAGUCAAUAUGGACUACACACUGACGAUGUACUUCCAGCAGGCCUGGCGAGAUAAGCGCUUGUCCUAUUCGGAGAUCCCCCUCAACCUGACGUUAGAUAACCGCGUGGCUGACCAGCUCUGGGUGCCUGACACCUACUUCCUCAAUGACAAGAAGUCGUUCGUCCACGGUGUCACUGUGAAAAACAGGAUGAUCCGACUGCACCCGGAUGGCACCGUGCUCUACGGUUUGAGAAUCACGACCACUGCAGCUUGCAUGAUGGACCUCAGAAGGUACCCACUGGAUGAGCAGAACUGCACACUAGAGAUUGAAAGUUAUGGUUAUACGACAGACGACAUCGAGUUCUACUGGCGGGGCGGCAACAACGCUGUGACGGGGGUGGACAGGAUUGAACUGCCACAGUUCUCCAUUGUGGAUCACAAGCUCAUCUCCAAGAACGUUGUCUUUUCCACAGGAUCGUACCCACGCCUGUCUUUGAGUUUUAAGCUGAAGAGAAACAUCGGGUACUUUAUCCUGCAAACAUACAUGCCUUCAAUCCUCAUCACCAUUCUGUCCUGGGUCUCCUUUUGGAUCAACUAUGAUGCAUCUGCCGCCAGAGUGGCUCUAGGUAUUACCACGGUGCUGACCAUGACUACCAUCAACACCCACCUGAGAGAAACCCUCCCCAAAAUUCCAUAUGUCAAAGCUAUUGACAUGUACCUCAUGGGAUGCUUCGUCUUUGUGUUUCUGGCCCUCCUGGAGUACGCGCUGGUCAACUACAUCUUCUUCGGAAAGGGUCCUCAGCGCCAGAAGAGGGCUGCGGAGAAAACGGCUACAGCCAACAAUGAAAAGAUGAGGAUGGAUCCAAACAAAUGGCUGGUGGGCAAUGUCGUCGGCCGAGAUGACACCUUGUACACGAGGAUGAAACAAAGGGAACUCGAUGGUCAUGACUCAAUGUGGGAGCCCAUUUUUAUGGACGACGCCGCCAUUGGACUUGGGGACCAGAAGAAUACGAUGGACCAACAUGAAAACAUCUUGCUGAGCACCCUCGACAUCAAGAACGACAUGGGGAUUACAGAGCUGGCCCUGGGUCUGAACGACCCCCGGAACACCAUGCUAACAUACGACAGCUCCACCCUGCAGUACCGCAAAGCAGGGCUGGCCCGCCACAACUUUGGCCGAAACACAUUGGAGCGCCACAUGACUCAGAAGAAGACUCGACUAAGGAGGCGCACCUCGCAGCUAAAGAUCAACAUACCAGACUUGACUGAUGUCAACUCCAUAGACAAAUGGUCGAGGAUGAUCUUCCCAACGGUCUUUUCCUUCUUCAACAUCGUUUACUGGCUUUACUAUGUCAACUAAAAAGGAGGACUGCAGACAGAAAAAUAACUUCAAAAUGUCUUCUAUGUAUUUAAUUUAAGUAGUUAUAUUUGUGUCUUGUAAAACUAGACGGACACUACAUCCAGGACCGGAUACAUCAUGUCUUGGAAUGCCACAUUUUGCUGACUUACACAUGAAAAGCUUAUAGAGGGAAGAUAAAACAAAAGGUGCCUGUUUUAAAAUAUUUUUUUUUAGAAUUUACACAUAUUGGUUUUUCAUACUUUUUUUUAAUUAAUUAUAUUUACAGUACAGUAUGUUAUUGCCAAACUAUAUACACGUUUAAAUGUAUCAGGUCAUUUGAGAUGAAUACUAAUGAAAUUGUUUUGUUAAUAAUUUAUUCGAACAUAUUGUAAAUACUAUUUUUCGGACACUCUUUUAUUCAUCAUUCGGAUAAUACAAUAAUAACACAUAUAUGAAUAAGCACUGGAAGUUUAUGGAUUUAGUGGUAUUUGACUAUGUUUACACUGUAGGCCGAAGUAGCCCAAAUGUGAUUUUUUUUCAUCAGCUUAAUGGUUACACUGCUAGUAAAAUGUGAUCUUUAUCAGACUCCAGUAUAAACGUGUACAGGCCCCGAUGUGGCCCCGACAUCACAUUCAUGCGCAGUUCGAUAAAGUAAAAAACAAUAGAGGUAAACCAGAUUCCGUAAAUGAACAAGGAAGUUGCUAAUACUACUACUUUGCAAAAUAAAAGUCACCACACUUUAAAUUUUUAUAAUUAUUUUUUAACGUGAAAAUUAAUUAAAGGUAUAAAAUGUAUGAAUAUAUAGUGUAAUAUAUUUGGGAGGGUUCCAAGUUUCAGUUAUGGCUGUUAAGUAUAGGAGACACUGACAUCAGCGUGGAUCUACGUUAGCUUUAUUUUUCAACUCCACUGAGUAAACAACUUAUGUAAUGUACGUAACAUGCAAAUACGCUACUGCGUACACGUCAAUUUAAGUCCAACAUUUGUUAUUUAUUUGGAAUCAAAUUAUAUAUAUAUAUAUAUAUAUAUAUAUAUAUAUAUAUAUAUAUAUAUAUAUAUAUAUAUAUAUAUUACAUAUAGCCGAUGAUUUCCGCAUGCUUGACUCAUGAUGCACCGAAAAUUUGGCUACAGAGAAAAUACUUUGCUCAGCGAAACCGGAUGUUGUGAUGAUGUAUCCACUUUUGCUGAAGGGCAACGUCUUUUUUUAGCACACAGGAAUGAGGUAGCUUUCCCAAUGAUGACGUAAAAGUCAAACUCUGGUCGUACUGCUGUUUAGACUACAGUCAGAUUUGAAAAGAUCCGAUUACAAUCGGUUUCAGAUUUGAAACAAAUCGGAGCGUUUAGAUUGGCAAAAAAUAUCCAAUCUGCGACACUUGCAGAGUAAACUGGGCCAAAGAAAUAUCAUCUAGUAAUAUUUCUGUAAGGACAAACAACAGCAUGCUAACUGUGCUAAUAAGUAAAGAAAGUAGCUUUGCACACAUACAUAAAAGCACAAACCUUAACUCAUUAUAUCCAUUCCUAAAAUGACUUAUUCUUCUUGCUGACUUGGCUGUGAUUCAAUCAGGUCAUUAUAAGAACAGUAAGUUGAAAAUAUUAUGAUUUAAAAAUAUACAUUUCAGUGUCUUUUCGCAUUUACAAAGGGAAAUUUUGUAUAAAUGUUUUGCACACAAAAUGCUAAAAGCCAUAGAGGCUGCACCAUUGGUACAACUCCCGGUGCUUAUACUGUAAGGUUCUAAUUACUGGAACUUCAGUAGAACGUGAAAAAUUAAAAAUGUAAAAAUUGUAUUUGAAAUAAUAUACAAUUAAAACCAAAAAGGCUAUUAAACAUUUUUGACAAUGAUUUUUUUUCUAUUUACUUCCAUUUUUUUUUGCAAAUUAAAUACCUCAGUGGGGCUUUAGUACAAAAAAAAAAUAGUUUUUGGAUGUAGAAUUUGAAAUGUAAAAGUAAAAUCCAAAUACUUUCCAAAACUGACAUUUCAAUCCAGAAUGUAGACUUUGACCCUUAGACAUGGCAAUGGUGUACGGUCUUAAUGGCUAAAGUCACUAUCAGAUUUUAGAAAAUCUAGCUGUUUAUGUCCUGUAACGGACACAUCACUCAACUUUGUGUUUUCAGGGGAAUUUUGUAUGUUUAUGUGUGUUGGUUUUUCAUAGAGUCAGAAAAACUAACAAAUACAUUUCCCGGGUUUACCUAAAACACAAACUAUGUUUUAACAUUGAUUUUGUGUCAGUGACUAAUAGGGUUGGGCGAUGUGGCCUAAAUUCUAUAUUACGAUAUGAUUUGCAGCUUUAUGCGCUAAAAAUAUUAAUUGAACUAUUUCAAAACAAGUUAUAAAGCAUAUUAAUUUGGCAGGUGAUGUAUGCGGUAACAUUUGUGGGAGUAGUAUUAUGGUUCUAUUCACUGUUCUGUUAAAAUGUAACAAUAUCUCAUUAUUCUAUUGUGUGGGUACGACAAUACGACAAUUUUGGAUACGACCCAACACCAAACAGUUACAGGGGCAUUAUUGGCCAUACCAAUGUUCACACCUAUGAAUUUAAACACAAUCAUAAUCAAAUAGAAAAAGACAGAGGAUGGAAGUGUAACAAUACAAAUUAAAUAUCCUUAUUCACUUCCAUUAAGUACAAUAUUUUGAGCAAAAUAAACCCAAUACUUACCAUAUUUUUUGGAUUACAAAUCGCUUUGGAGUAUAAAUCGCACCUGCCGAAAAUGCAUAAUAAAGAAGGAAAAAAACAUAUAUAAGUCGCACUGGAGUAUAAGUCACAUUUUUUGGGGAAAAGUAUCUGAUAAAACCCAACACCAAGAAUAGACAUUUGAAAGGCAAUUUAAAAUAAAUAAAGAAUAGUGAACAACAGGCUGCAUAUGUGUACGUUAUCCAUCCAUUUUCUGCCGCUUAUUUCCUUUGGGGUCGCGGGGGGCGCUGGCGCCUAUCUCAACUACAAUCGGGCGGAAGGCGGGGUACACCCUGGACAAGUCACCAUCUCAUCGCAGAAGUGUACGUUAUCUGACGCAUAAAUAACCAACUGAGAAGGUGCCUGGUAUGUUAACGUAACAUAUUAUGGUAAGAGUCAUUCAAAUAACUAUAACAUAUAGAACAUGCUAUACGUUUACCAAACAAUCUGUCACUCCUAUUUGCUAAAUCCGAUAAAAACCUUAUACGUCUACUCCCUUACCUGAAUGAGCUAAAUAUUAUUAUUUGAUGUUUUACGGUAAUAUGUUAAUAAUUUCACACCUAAGUCGCGCUUUGGUUUAAGUCUUACCUGCGGCCGAACUAUGAAAAAAAAAAGUGACUUAUAGUCCGAAAAAUACAGUACUUCUAAAUAACUUAACAUAAGCAAAAACUUAUAUUGGCUCUGAUUUAAAUCUGUUGUUUUUUGUAAUUAAAACUUUCCUGAGUUUCUAAACAAUAACAUAUAUGAAAAAAACUAUAUUGAGAUCGUAAAAUCUUGAUCUAAUCACUGUAGUAUUGACCAUUAGCAGAUAAUAUACUUAUUGUAUCCCCCGACACUAUACACUAUGGAGUGUAAGAAAUAUACAUUAUUUGCUACCAUGGAGGUGAUAAUUAGUUGGCCGCUACAUUGCCUUGAGGAUGUGGCUUUUCACUGUGGAGCGACAAUAUCCGCCAGCUCCUUAGCAAAGACGCUACUUCGCGUUGAGGAUGCGGUCGUUUGCUUGUUGCCGUCAAAUUUGCGGGACACAGAUAGAAUGUGCCAUCAACGUGUUUUAUCACGAUAAUAUUAAAAGCUCUAUUGCCCACCAACUGUAUAUAAUUUGAAUCAUAUAUAGUCUAUAAUGCACAACCCUAUUGAUCACUUAAUAUUUCAGGUUUCUACAAAAACAUAGCCAUGAUACUCUGUUCAUAAAUGACUAAUUAGUAAAAUAAUUUUAAUGACUCACUUGUUUCUAUGAUACAAUUUCAACUCAAGAAAAUUCAGUGUAAACCUGGCAGCCUCGGACCUGAUGUUUACAUGCAAUCAUCAGGGUCAGGACCUUGUGCUAUGGAAGCCACUGACAGUUGCACACACGUUUUGCUGUUUUUUGUUUAGUGUUCAAAACUAAAACAUUUUAUCUUUGAUAAAUGAGUUUAUUGUAUAAGUAAGUAAAAAUAUAUCAUAUUAAGUUGUAACCAAGAAAAUUAUGUUUUAUAUAGGUAAAGAUGAUUUUAACGCCCAUUUGAGAUAAUGUUCCUAAAGUCAAUUCUAGCUAAGUAUGUAAAUAUCAGCUAUAACCUCACCAAUCAAUUGGAAUAUGUAAUUGUUGUAAAUAAAUUAAUGAUUGUGAGCUUUCUACAGAACUGAACAAUAUGGGAAUCCCAGUGUAAUUUCUAUUUCAUCAUAAGAACAAUGCAUAGGCUGAUGUGGGAAACAAUGUACAUAGUAUAUAUUUUACAGUCUCAUUUGAUCACUUUUUGUCCCAAACUAAUUUGGUUGGUUUUGCCAAACAUGUAAUCAGGAAUGUAGAAUAUAUUAUUUUGCAACUAACAUGUUUUUUUUUUUGGUUUGUUUUGCAGAAUUUGUUGCACCAGGAAUUAGGAGAAACAAAACUGUACCUUGUUUUCACUCACAACCAGUAGCCCCGGAUUUAAAUCAUCUCAGGUCACGGCGAUACACACUACUGAAAAUAUAACAAUUACACAAGAAAAACUUCAAGGACAGAGAACUUGUUUAAGAUGUUUCUGUGGAACAUUUGUGUUUUAUAUCCGUUAACAUUGUUUACAAUUGUUUUACUACAUACAGUACACUAAGAAAUAACAAUAUUGUUUCAGUCUAAACAAAAAACAUUGGCCAUUUUAAAUAUGUUCAAUUUUAAUCAUUAUUAUUUACGAAGGAGUAGCAGGGCCACACUGAAAAGGAAACCAUAAUUAUAUUAUGACAGUACUUGCUUACUCAGUGGCCUUGUGGUUAGUGUCCGCCCUGAGAUUGGUAGGUCCUGAGUUUUAUAGUCAUACCAAAGACUAUAAAAAUGGGACACAUGGCCUCCCUGCUUGGCACUCAGCAUCAAGGGUUGGAAUUGGGGAUUAAAUCGCCAAAAUAAUUCCCGAGCACGGCCACCGCUGCUGCUCACUGCUCCCCUCACCUCCAAGGGGAUUGGUUUAAAUGCAAAGAGUCAUUUCACCACACCUAGUGUGUGUGUGUGACUAUCAGUGGUACUUUAACUUUAACUUUAACUUACUUUAAAAUUACUAGAGUACACAAGAAUAAAUGUUUUUUUUUUUCGAGAAAACAUUAUGUGAUAUUCCGAGUGCUGAUCAUUUUUUUCUCUAAUAUUAUUGCUUUUUUUCUUUAGAAAAAAAUAGAAUUAAAUACCUUAAGUUUACAGUUGUUAUGUUUUCCUCAUUUUGAAACUUUUCAGUGCUGCCCUAAUACUGCUUUGUAAUUUUUGGUAGUAGUUAUUAGUGAAUGUAGGAUCACAAGGAGUAUGUUUUAGUGAAAGUGCACUGUGCAUAUUCAUCUUCUCAUUUGUAUGUAUUUCCUUCUCAGAGUACACUGGCAACUGGCAUGUAAGUGAGGUCGACUUCAAGUUCAACACUUUAAUAUGUCUUUGUACUUCACAGCAUUUUUGUUUCAUAUAUUUUUAUACUUGUGUAAAAAAAAAUGCAAAGACUGCUCUUUGGCAAAACCUUGUAAAUUUAAAUUUCACAUAUUUAUACUAUACAAAGUGACUACUGUAUAUUGUACUUAAGGGGCUCUGAAAGCGGAUUAACAUGUAUGCUCUUGAAAGCCUUUCAGAAACCCUUGUAAAAAAAAAAGGAAAAAAAAAAGAAGUUUCUUUGUGGUUGUCAAUGGAUUUAAAAAUGGCUCUUAAGGUUUGAGGAAAUGUUUUGGAAUGGUCUCUAGGAAGGAAAGACAGACUGACAUCCUAAAAGCCUAAAUGACUCAUCUUGGUGACAGUGUACUUUUGCACACACUCACAGAAGAAGCCUUAGACUCGUGCUGCCCUGGACUACUUUUAAUCCAAGCGGCGUCAAUCCUUCUUACUUUCUCAACACCAUCCACCUCGAACAAAUCUUUGUAUGUGACCCUCACAGAAACAUUCCCAGGAACUCAGAACUGUCCCAGCUCCACCUCCAAGAUAUUCCCUGUAAAAGCCAAUGUCUGUCUCUACUAUGAAAAAAAAAAAAAAACAUGGAAAUGAUAACAUCAUCAAUAAAUAUUGUAUACAGUUC